AGAAAACAUUGGAGAAUCACGAUACAUUUUUUGAAAGUGUCUAAUUAGCAAAUUCCUAAAUGUUUAUCUCUAGUAAAUGAUAGUCUAUUGUUUAUUCGAAACUACGUAUACAUAAGUUUUCCCAAUCAAAAUAGUUAAUAUGUUAGUGGAACAAUUGGAAUAUUUACUUCCAAAUUCUUGGAUACCAAUGGAUUUGAGACACGAAAAAUUCAAAGUAGUACAACUUCACCCAUCUACUACAGAAUAUCAUGUUGUUCAAUCACAACUUGGGUAUGGAACUCCAUAUUUCAGUGCGAUUCAAGGUGUGUACAGGGUUCAAAAUCCAAUAUUAUAUGCAAAAUUUCGAAUAAAAGCUUAUGAUUUUGAACAAAGAGGACAAUACUCAAUCAAAUCACUUUUCCACGAUACAAGCAGAGAGAAUGUCGAGUCGAUAUGUAGUUUCAAUUUCGAUUGGAGAUUUGGUGAACGUUUCAAAUUCGGACCCGGAGUUUAUUUCUCAACAAGCCCAUAUUUGGCUAACAAACACUCUUCUAAAAAUAACGGGUUGUUCAGGACCAUGUUCUUAACACAGGUACUUACUCAGAAUAUUCAGACAGUUCCCGGUGAAAUUUUUCUACCUGACUAUGGAUUUGAUACUGCUCUCGUCCAUAAUGGGGAGACUUAUGUUAAAUAUUUUGAUGGAGAGUAUUAUCCGCAAUAUUUUAUAAACUAUAUCACACAAACAUAGAGAAAACUGUGUUUGUCGAAAUUUAUAUUUUUAAUAAUACGUAGACAUAUCUAUAAAAAGGAUAAAUAGUUUUGAGAAUACAAAAGCACAUUCAAUAACUUGCUUUUGUAUCUUACUACAUAAAUCUCCCAAAAUAUAAUUUUUUAA